CUGGCGCGGGCGCUUCUGCCGCCGUUGCUGCAGAGCCAGAGCGGGUGCACGCACGCGCGCGCGGCUGGACGGACGGACUGUCGGAGGGAGGGACGGACGGACGGACAGAUCCGGAGACGCUGCGCCGCCAGCAGCUCGCCCCUGGGCUUCCCGUCUCGCCUGCCCUCGCCCGGGCACCCCCCUCGAUUCCCGGCCCCCCGGUGUGUGUGUGCCCUGUACCCGCUGCUCAGAGCCCCCAGGUGGUCACCAUGCACCCCGCCGCGGUCCUGGCGCUCCUGCUGUGCGCCGGGCAAGUCAUUGCCAUCCCUGUGAACAGCCUUGUGAACAAUAAAGGGGACACGGAGGUAAUGAAAUGCAUCGUGGAGGUCAUCUCGGACACACUGUCCAAGCCCAGCCCCAAGCCCGUUAGCCAGAAGUGCUUCGAGACCCUCCGCGGAGAUGAGCGCAUCCUCUCCAUCCUGCGGCACCAGAAUCUGCUCAAAGAACUCCAGGAUCUUGCACGUCAAGGCGUCAAGGAGAGAAGUCAGCAGCAAAUGAAGCAGAGCAGUUUGGAGGAUGAGCUGGUGGACACUUUUCAGAAGCAGGGCAAGCAGACUCCACUGAAGGCCUCCACAGUGGGGAUGGCCCCAGCAUCCUCUCAGUUGGUUGCAGAAGAAAAAAGAGCUUCUGAAAAGAUGGAGAUUUACAGAGACUGGCCCCAGGCCUUCACACGGAGGAACCAGAAGGACGAGGCUCCAGGCAAGAAAGAGGAAGAGGAUGAAGAAGAGGAGGGAGAGGAGGGAGCAUCUCCCAGCCAGGCCCCAGCUGGUUUUACCAACCUGAAACACUCAGUGUCAGAGGCCAAGGGGGACAAUGAGGACAAUGCACUCGGUCAGGUGGUUGCUGAGCAGAUGCACCAGGCAGAGGGAGCAGCAAAGAAGGAGGAGAAAGAAGAGGCAGGGGCCAAGAAGUCUGGAGGACAGGCCUUGCCUGAUGAAGACCCCACCACAGCGCUCAGCACAGCCCCGAGCUUCAGCACCACAGAGAACCCCAGCAGGGCAGGUACAUCAGACAUUGAGGCCUUAGCAUGCGUGGGGGACAAGGGGGGCCCAUCUGGGAGCACAAUCCAGAAAUGGGUCUUGACGCACGGUGGAGGUUUGGGGAAUGGGAGCCAGGAUGGGGUGUCCCUUUCUCAUUCUCCUGCUUUCAUCCACUGUCCAGGCGAGUCUGAGGCUCCAACUGUAAAUGGAGUGAGAAGAACGGAGGCUGAAGAGCCUCAGCACCCCAAGAAGAAGGGGACACAGCAGCAUGACCGGCAGCUAGAGCUGGAGGAAGAGCAGAUGAAAGAGGAGCUGGAGGGGACUCCUCGUAGCCCAAGCAAGCAGCUAGGGCCCAAGGAAGUGGAGCAGGAGGAGCAGGGGGAAGGGGGACAACACCCCACCACCCCUAAGCGGUGGAGCAAGAUGGACCAGCUGGCUGAAGAGCUGGCGGCUGAGAAGCGCCGGGAGCGUGGGGCCGAGAUGCUGGCUGAGCCAGAUGACUCCAUGAAGCUCCGUUCCCCGGCCUACGAAUUCAGGGGCCACGGGCUGGCUCGAGGCUGGCGACCAGCAUCACAGGAGGACAUCCUGGAGGGCGACCUGCCCCUGAGGAUGCGCGGAUACCCCGAGGAGAGGAAGGAGGAGGAGGGCAGCGCCAACCGCAGAGCUGAGGACCAGGAGCUGGAGAGCCUGGCGGCCAUCGAGGCGGAACUGGAGAAGGUGGCCCAGGAGCUGGAGGCCCUGCGACGGGGCUGAGGUGGUGGCCCUGACUCUCGUCCCCUCUGCAGGUUCCCGGGGCUGCUGCUGGUCUGGUCAGGAGGUGGCCCCAGGCAGGCCACCCUGUCCUUGCCCAAAAGUGCGCCUCUCUUGCUCUCAGCCCUGCCCAGCGCACCCCCUGCUGGGUGGACCCCUCUGUCUUCAAACAAUCAUCCUUUCUGAACACAGGCAGCUUUCUAGAAGUUUCCCUCCCACCAUCAGCUCCAUUAGCCACGGCCGCAAUACCUUCCGGUGUCUGGGGAGCACAUGAGCUCCGUAUGGACUCGUGUAUAAACUCCAUCUGGAGGAAUAAACCUGCUCUGGGCUGUGC